AUGUUUAGAAACGCUUUAAUUCAAGGAGCUAGUCGCGGUAUAGGACUACAGAUGUGUCGAUACUUGCUUUCCAGACACACUAAUGUAAUAGCAACGUGCAGGGACCCUGCAAAAGCAUUGGAUUUGACCCGACUCCAACAUGAGCAUGGCGACAUGUUGACUGUCUUCCGUGUUGAUGUCCAAGACGAAGCUCAAAUUAAAGAGUUGUCGGCUCAAGUUGGUGAUACAAAGCUGGAUUUGUUGAUAAACUGCGCCGGAAUACUCCAUCCAAGCGGAAAGGGAGAAACUAGCUUAAGAGAAGUUAAUUCACAAGAUAUGAGCGCCACAAUAGCUACGAACACUUUGGGGCCGUUGUUGAUGGCGAAGUAUUUCAGUUCCAAUCUUGCCAAGAAGAAGUCCGAGAAUGGUACCGAGAAAGCCGGCAAAGGAAGUAAAAAUAAGGAGGCGGCCGGUGUUCUUGUCAAUAUGUCAGCCAGAGUUGGAUCAAUUUCUGACAAUGGCCUUGGCGGAUGGUACAGUUAUAGGAUGUCAAAAGCUGCUCUCAAUAUGGCGACUAAAAAUCUUAGCAUAGAGCUAGGAAGGAAACAAGUGAUUUGUGUCUCUUUACAUCCCGGCACGGUGAACACUGAUCUAUCCAGUCGUUACCUCAAGAAUGUCGACCCUGCUAAAGUUUUCACUCCCGAGUUUUCAGUAGAUUGCCUAAUGAACAUUAUCAAUGGACUAGAAUUGAAGGACAAUGGGAAAUUUUUUGCUUGGGAUGGAGAGGAAAUUCCUUGGUGA